AAACUGAGAUUCGAUAAAAAUAGUUGUAUAUAAUAAAAUUUGGGAUCGAUCUCCAGCUCAUCAAAUAUAACUCCGCAUGGUGAUGAUCCUUGUUCUAUUGUCUACGGGUUUAUGAUAAAAUCUUUAGUUUUUUUAUUAAAAAAAUAUAAUUUAAGCAUCAGGCUUAACCUUAAGAACCCACAUGUUGAUCUAUACACAAGUUUUUAUUUUGACGUAUAAAUGUAUAUACAGUACCUAAAACUAUCCUGCUGUGCAAGUGUGCAACGUACGUCAUCUCUUAUAUCUAUAAUUUCUUCCGAACUAGUACACUAGUACAAAGACAAACAAUAUCACAUCCAUUUCAUGAUCUCUAUUUGAUUUUAAGAGGUUCAGAAACAAUACGCUCUAGCUCAAACUACCAAAUUAUUGGGAGCUAUAUGCAGCAAAGGCUCCAAAGCACUAGGAUCAAACUUCCUCGUAACGAUAUAACACAAGGAAAUGUAAUUAACGACUAUGUAAGAUCAGUUUCCUCCAUCAAAGAUUUUUUUCAAAGAACUUCUCCGUAAUGUUCCAUCGCCAAACAUAGCCGGGUGGGGACCGUCCCUAGACCAGUCCACACGUCAAGCUUCGGUUAGCCAGCACCACUGUCUUAUCAACUGUCAACAUGGUCGGGAGAUAAUGCUCGUCCACAUAGCAAACAAACCUACAAAACUAUUUGAAUUUUGGGUAAACAAUGUGUCUUUGACAAUAGUAGCUGCGAGGUCCCGGUUUAUUUCAAACCAUAUAGACCCUUUUCGCCGUUUGGUGAUGGGAACUUCAGGGUUGAUGUUCUCGUGUAGCGGCCUCGGCCCAAAGGUCAAGGGUCACAAACGCACCCAUGAAGCUGGGUUUGAUUGGCUUAAGUAGCAAAUUAUGCAUCAAAACAGCAAGAGGUUGUAUCUAAUUUACAUAAACCUUUCCUCCUCCUCACGGCAUGACAAAAAAGUAGAAGUAACCGUGGUUACUACACUUAGUAUUCCAGUAUAUUUAGAGCAUGCCCAUCCAUGAAACACCUAUGUAGUAUCUCGAACAAAACAAAUAAUAAUAUGAAAAUGUAAUAUGGUAUUUGAUUAUUUUUUUAUUUAUAAAGAAAAACAAAAUCAAUCAUAGAUUGCCAUGUGUGAGAUGAAUAUCUUAAGUUUAUCUCAAAGUUUUUUUAAAUAAAUAUUUUGACAUUCUUUCUCAUUAAAAAAAAAAUGCUGAUCACAAUCUAUAAACUCAAAAACAAUAGUGGAAAACACAAUAGUGAUUUAUGCGAAGAGAUAAGCUAUUCUAUUUACUAAAAGGAAAAGGAAAAAGUUAGAGAUAUUUAUAGAUAUUGGGAGCAGCUAUGUAUAUUUAUAGAUAUUUUCCUUUUUACCAUCUCAAAACUCUAAAUUACUAAUACACAGAAGGUAAAAGGCUGAGUUAAUAAAAAAGAGGAAAAAAUCGUGAUGGAAAAUAUCUUUAAAUACAAGAGACUCAAGUAAUGUUAAUACAAAUAUGUUUUGCUAAAACCUACUUUGAGUUGAGGCUUCGUCUUUUAAAAGAGUACAAGUUUCUCCGAUAAUGGACUCCGAUGAUGACAUGCUCGAUACCUACGAUGAGGAAUCAGGAGAGUAUGAUCUUUACAGCGACGUUGAUGAUGAACACGGCCAUGGUGGUGAAGAUGAUUCCGAUCACAUUCUUGAGGAAGUCGUGGACGAUUCUAUAACUCAUGGCUCUCAGAUUAAUUACGUCGUACUCAAGGAAGAAGACAUCCGGAAACGACAGGAGGAUGAGAUCAAACAACUUUCUACGGUCCUCUCCAUAACCAACGCAGAAGCUAGCGUUCUGCUUCUCCACUACCGCUGGAACGUUAGUAAACUUACUGACGAAUGGUUUGCCGACGAGGACAAAGUUCGGAGAACUGUUGGCGUAUUGGAGGGAGGAGGAGGAUCCGUUGUUGUCGUUGAAAAUCAUCGAAAAGUUAAAUGCGGAAUCUGCUUUGACAAAUUUCGUCGUAAAAAGAUUGUACCCGUAGCAUGCGGUCAUACUUUCUGUUCUACAUGCUGGAACGGUUACAUCACCACAGCAAUCAACGACGGCUCGGGAUGCUUGAUGCAAAAGUGUCCCGAGCCGUCUUGUCACGUUGCUAUCGGCCGCGACAUGGUCGAGAAGCUGGUUUCCGAGGAAGACCUGAGAAAAUACCUGUUGUAUUUUCUCAGGUCUUAUAUCGAAGAAAGCAAGAAGAUGAAGUGGUGCCCCGCUCCCGGAUGCGAAGGCGCGGUCGAUUUUUCCGCGAGCGGGACGAGUAUUAACUACGAUGUUUCGUGCUCGUGCUCGCAUAGAUUCUGCUGGAACUGCAACGAGGACGCUCACAGCCCCGUGGACUGCGACACGGUUUCGCAGUGGAUACUCAAGAACAGCGCGGAAGCGGAGAAUACGGCGUGGAUACUCGCUAACUCGAAGGCUUGCCCCAAGUGCAAGCGGCCGAUCGAGAAGAACCACGGAUGCAUGCACAUGACGUGCGGUCCGCCUUGCAAGCAUGAGUUUUGUUGGCUUUGCCUCGGCGCGUGGAGAGAUCACGGGGACCGCACGGGCGGGUUUAAUGCGUGCAACAAGUACGAGAAGGAUAAGAAACAAGGACUGUACGAUGACGCUGAGAAGAAGCGACAGAUGGCGAAGAGCUCGUUGGAGAGGUACACUCAUUACUACGAACGAUGGGCGAGCAAUGAAAAGUCGAGGGGGAAAGCUUUCGGAGAUCUACAGGUGUUCUUAACGGAGAAGAUUGCGAAGCUUAGUGUGAUUCAGUGCAUACCGGAGACUCAGCUGACGUUCGUCACAGAUGCGUGGCUUCAGAUCAUCGAAUGCAGACGGGUGCUGAAAUGGACGUAUGCGUAUGGGUACUAUCUACCUGAAUCUGAGCGUGAGAAGCGGUGUUUUUUCGAGUACGUGCAAGGGGAGGCCGAGUCUGGUUUGGAGAGGCUCCACAAAUGCGUUGAGACGGAGGUGUUUCAGGGUGCUGAAGAGCGGUCGGAACUAGAGUUUACCGCUUUCCGGGAGAAAUUAUCUAAUUUGACCAGCGUGACGAAGAGACACUUUGAAACUCUGGUGAAAGCUCUGGAGAAUGGUCUCGCUGAUGUCGAGUCUCAAGCGGCUUGCAACAAAGAAACAGAAUCAUUAAAAACAGAAAUAAAAAGCAAAGAAACAACGUCUAAAAAAAGGCGGACGUGAGAGGUAAAAGGAAGUUACUUUGUUCUGCUAAUAUUCUCAAUAUGUCUGUCUACACACGUUUUAUACUAAAUGAACCUAGUAACUAUUUUUUAUGAAGUUUUUUGGAGUAUGAUGAUAAAUUAUGAAUUUGUGAGUAGUGAAUGAGCCAAGCAAAAAUGUGUAAGAUAAGAUUAGUGUUACAAUCAUUGAGAAUGAUAGUGGUCAUGUGAGAUAAUACACUUUUUUUAUUUAUUAUUAUUUUUUUUUUUGAAUGGAAUGUUAAAUUGAAUUCAAAAGAAAAAACUUUUUUACAAACUAGCGUCUUUUCUCUAAGAUUUUCUAUACAAAAUUGGAUAAAAAUCAAAGCAACUUCUUUCUCUUCCAAGUAUAAUAUUCCUCUCUUCAAACUCUCAAUCUCUUCCACCUAGCUCUCACUCCUACUAGGUGGCCAGCCCUCACUCCUACUGGUUUCCAUCUCCCCACCAAUUCUACCUAGCUCUCACUCCUACUAGGUAGCCAGCACUCACUCCUACUGGAUUCCAGCACUCACUCCUACUGGACCUCAUCAAAACCCAUCCAACCUCAAGCUCAUAUCUUCAAUAUUCAACUCAGAGUCUGGUACUGAACCAGUAUGACAAUCCCUGAUCAAAAUCUUCAUCUCCUUUCUUUCGAAUAAUAGAAAAUUUAUUUCUCAUAUUUUUAUCAAUAACAUCACCGGUGAGGAAGUUUCGCCAUGCCUUCUUCUGUUUCUUUCUCUCCAGAUUGUGUGUACUGCUGACUGAAGAACAUAUCUUAUCACAAACAGCCUAAUCUUUCGAUGACUCUGAUCCAAAGCUAUUCUGAGUAUACUUCCCCAAUUCGAAGUGAAGAUGUUUCCCAACACUCCCUUCAUCAGCUUCUCCCAAACUUGAGUAGAGAAUGAGCAGUCAAAAAAUAGAUGUUGCAGAGUUUCAAGAGGGUGAUUCCGACAAAGCACACAAGCAGUAUCAGUACUUCCACUCCACUUGAUCAUUCGAUCACCAGUUGAAAGCUUUCCAUUCAAAGCUGUCCAUAAUAUGAACGAAAAUUUUGGAGUUGCAUAUUUAUACCAUACUGCCUUGUACCAAUAACAGCUCAUAUGCUUCUCUCUAAUCACUUCCCAAGUAUCUCUCGACGAGAAAUAUUUUUUGUAGUCACCAUUUUUGUUCUUCCAUAAAGAAAUAUCUUCCUCCUCAACUCUAGUGGCUUUGUAUCUCUCAAUUUCCAUCUCAACUCUAU